AUAUUAACAAAGAUGUUGUUAUAGACAAUAUAACGCUCGAAUAAUAUAGAAAUAUAUUAAAAAUAACACUGAUUAUUCAUUCAGUGCAUUGAAGGCGUGCAGUGCGCAUAUUUUUGGAAAUUUCAAAAAAGGAUAGAAAACAAAAGAAGAAGAAAAUAUAAACAAAGAACAGAUGUUUGAUGUCAUCCGCAGUUCAUAACAUUGCCCAGCCACUAAAGCUUCCUCCGUAGACAGCUCUCCGUUUCAGAACAAACCAUGUAUCGUUUGCGAGUAAAAACUAAAGGAGGAGGACAGCUCCCACUGACCGAUCGUGUGAAUGGAGAUAGCACACUUGCUGACCUGCUCGCAGCCAUACAAGAUGUCACUUCAGUUGCGCCUGAAAGGCAGAAGAUUCUGUCAGGUUUCCCACCAAAACCUAUCAAAGGCAGCUAUACCAUGACUCUCAAAACUGUUGGAGUUAGAAAUGGGGAUGUUUUGAUAGUUGAAGAUGUUGAGCCUUCAACAAAUACGACUGUAGAAGAUGCCGCCCCUGCACCAGUGAAGACAGAAGGUACAUGCCUGCAACUCCAAGAAUAGACAAAGUUUCUACACAAAGAGAAUCUUCUGAAAAUACUGCUAAUAGUGGCAUCUUACUGAAAAAAGUUGUACCUUCAGAUAAUUCUUGUCUUUUUGCUAGCAUAUUGUA